AGCCCUAAUUAUCCAAAUCAUUGUUCAGCUGCUCUUCAGUUUACACCACACUAUCUUUAAACAAACCUAUUCUAUGAUCCGAAGUAAAGAAAACACUCAUCUCUUCUCUUGUGACACAUUUAAUGAGAUGAUAGAAUGGCUUAAUUGUCUUCAAAUGGUGGCCUUCGGCGCUAAUCAUAGCUUUAAUAAUAUCAAUACAAUUCACUCCAAAAGCCAAUCCCUCGAUUCAAAUGCAAAUCAAUUUAACACUAAUAGCAGUCCUUUAAAUCAAAAUAAAUUAUCUGACGCUCAGAGCGAAGAAAAUCUAUUGUAUUCUUCUGUUGACGGACCCGAUGUGUAUCGAGUGAAACUCAUUGAUUCCGAGACAUCCAUUCGGUGCGGUCUUAGGAGUGGCUUUGAUUCAAACCUUACUUUAAUUGUCACGUCUGUGAAUAUAUCGCUGUCAGAAGAGGGGAAAGUGUUGUAUACGUGGCCGUAUCGGCACAUCCGGAGAUACGGCUGCACUAAAGAUGGUUUCUCGUUAGAGGCCGGACGCAAGUGUGCUUCUGGUGAGGGAUUGUUCUCUUUCAUCACAAAAGAUGGUAACUCUAUAUUCCAAGCGGUGGCCACUCAUGUCAAUAGUCUCAAGGCUUCCCGUCAUAUAACUGAUGAGCAAAUCACCGGAAUUAACACUUUGGGUGCCAUUAAUAUCAGCCCAAAACUUAAUUCUAAAGAAUAUGCAUUUUCUUCGAGUCAUUUCAAUAGUAAUAAUGAGUCCAAACCAUCACUCCCUUCGACAUCCCCUCCACUUUCAAUGAGCUUUUCAUCAAAAUUGAAUUAUUUCGCCACAAAUUCAUCACUACUUCCCUCCACUAAAAUUCCAGAGUCAGUAAAGCGUCAUUCAAUACAACCACCAAAAAGUCCUCAAAUAAUCGCAAAGCAAUCAUUAAAUCGGGUCACUUCGGUCUCCACCGCCAAUACUAUUGCGGGUCCGGGCAGUGACCCCAAACCCAAGGCCUCGCCUCCUGUUUCAAAGCCUCCGCGAAAGAGCAAAGAAAGCAAAACUGGCUCUGAAUCAGACGAACCAGUGUUUGCGUCUCGAGAAGAAGUGUUAAACACUCCGCCGAAUAUGAAUUUUAUAGAAACUUAUAGACCAUUGAAAGAUGAGCUCUUAUACGACGAACCCGCAGAUCUGAUAACCAAUACCGUCACCAAUCAAGAGGAACAGCAUAUGAAGAGUCCCUUCUGCCCGAGCCCUCCGCCCGUCAAUCAAACCGUUUCGAAGUUAACGUCUGUAUUGAAGAUGAUGUUCACCGGAAACGCUGCGAACCAAAUACAGACCAAAUAUAAAGACAACAAAGCAAAUAUGUCGGCGCGAAACAGCACUAGUAGUUCAACAAAUAAUAGUGGUUUGCCAUCGCCUGUCGGACAGACGGCUCCGCAAUCACUCGAUGCUCAAGAGGUUGCGUACAGUGAAGUCUCCGAUUUUGACAUCGAUGAUAAAAGCAUUAAAAACAAUAUAACCGCUGAUUCUAACCAUUACUCUAAAAUACUUAACGAUAGUCUGGAAGCGGAUGAUUGCGAACACGAAUACGCGAAUGUCAUUCAUCAGGAUUUAAAUAAUUUGAAUAAAAUA